AUGCCGUACAAAAAUAUGGGCGUGUCUGCGAUUUGAGUGUUGCAAUAACUGUUUCCCAGCAUUUCUUCGUAAAUAAAUUAUAUUCGAAGUUAUGAAUGAGUUUAUCAUAAGCGAGAGCUCGUAAAUAAUGCCAUACAAAAAUAUGGGCGUGUCUGCGAUUUGAGUGCUGCAAUUUUGGACAUCCAAAAGUACGGUUGUAGACAUUCGCACUGAAGGAACUAAUCUGCAGUAUUGAUUUUCGAGCAAAUAAUGCUGAAUUGAAGGGGUCGAUUAUCUUGCACCUGCGAAGUACAGGGUUCGAUCCUUAUAUCUGUCCCAGGACCGCCCAGGACUGGGUUGAAGGGGGACAAAUGAUCGCAUGGAUGUGACUGGAAGAGAUGAGCUAACAAGGCCUGGUCUGCCCUAUCGAUCUCAGCCGUAGUUCGUAACGAACUCGGCCCGAGAAUGGAUCGAGUUUCAGGUGAUGUUGUAAAUUCUGCAGAAAAUUUCUCAAGCUUAAUAAGCUAGGCACGUCACUGUUUGCAUAACGUGCCAUUGAACAUCCCAGUCGUAAUAAAACAGUUUUGACGUCUGGUGUAAAGCCGUGGACUGAAAAAACGGAGGAAAUACGCCUACUGGAUUUAGGUCCCUCUCCGACCCCCUCCUCUCGAGUACACCAAAAAAAGAAGAGUGUGUGCUUGGAAGGGAAGUAAUACAGUUGCCCUCAGAUUUCUGUGAGAAGAAGAUAGCCUUUUACAUUCCAGGCCUACACGGAUACUAUUGGCAAUUUCAUGUCACCAAUGUGUACCUUUACAGAGGGAAGUGAGAUGGGACCUCAAGAUAACAAGGAGUUCCCUUUUGCUCCGACAGACACAGCUACCCUUCCUGCCUCUGCUGCAGAGGACUCACCUUUACCAGAUGUGAUAGUGAAGCUGGCCCCUGAAUCUAACACUGUAGAACACUGCAAAGUUAAUUCCACCACGCCCUCUGCUGAGACACACAUAAGUAUUGGUUGUCAAGUUGUGGUGCCUUUUCUCAUUGCUGGUAUGGGUAUGGUUGGAGCAGGCUUCUAUCUAGAUCAUGUUCAAGAUUGGGAAGUGUUUAUGAAAGUGCCUGAAAUCAUCAUCCUUGUACCAUCCCUUCUAGGGCUAAAGGGAAACUUAGAAAUGACACUCGCAUCAAGAUUAUCUACAGAAGCUAAUUUAGGACAUAUGGAUGACCCUAAGGAACAAUGGAGCAUGAUCUUAGGAAAUUUAACAUUAGUGCAGUGUCAAGCAAUUGUGGUGGGAUUGAUGUCUGCUGUGGUUGCCAUAGCAAUGGUGGCAGUGACACAACAAGAAUUUAGUCUUAGUCACACACUGCUUCUAUGUUCCUGCAGCAUCAUUACCUCAUCCAUAGCCAGCCUUUUGUUAGGUUUUAUUACAGCAACUGUUAUAGUUGUUUCUCGCUACUUUAAUGUCAAUCCGGACAAUGUGGCAACUCCUAUUGCUGCAAGUUUAGGUGAUAUCACAUCAUUGAUUUUGCUGUCUUGGGUUGCCUCUAUAUUGCAUGAUGCAGAUGAUAAAUUUUCCUGGAUUUCAUCUAUCAUUAUUGGCUGCUAUAUUCUUGUCAUACCAUUCUGGGUUUUUAUUGCCAAGAAGAAUAAAUACACACACUCCAUCCUCUACACUGGGUGGACACCAGUCGUAGUAGCCAUGUUAAUUAGCACGUUAGCUGGACUGAUCUUGGACAUCUUGAUGGCUAAAUAUAAGGAUCUUGCUGUGUAUCAACCAGUCAUCAAUGGGGUGGGUGGAAAUCUAGUCUCAGUGCAAGCCAGUCGUCUCUCCACUGAACUCCACAAAGAUAAUGAGUUGGGGACAUUGCCGCCUACGGCACGUAUUUGUAUAAGCCCAUUAGAUGCCUUUUUUUCAAAACAACAGUAUGCAAUGACUGCUCGGGUGCUAAUGUUGGUCGUUGUACCAGGUCAUUUAAUAUUUGUGUAUGCCAUCAGAUAUUUCAAAGAAGGAAAUGCUUCCCCCACCAAAAUCUUCAUCUUUUUCUAUCUCACAGCUGCCUUGGUCCAGGUUGCAAUUCUUCUGUAUGUGGCAUAUGUAAUAACAUAUUACUUCUGGUCACGGAAAGUAGACCCAGACAACUCAACAAUUCCAUACUUGACUGCAUUGGGUGAUUUUUUGGGCAUCAUGCUUCUGGGUAUUACAUUUGAAUUCCUCUAUCUGCUUGGAGAUAUACAGCUUCCAACAUGAACUGAAAGAAUCUAAGUUAAUUUUGCCGUUACAUCCAUAUUUAUUAGGGAUAGAAGUCUGAUACUGUUCAGUCUUGAUACUGAAAGCAUCAUUAAAAGCCUAUGGGGAGAAAGGAAUAUAAAUUCAUGAUCUCCUUCAAUUAGCUAUGUACUGUUAAUUUUAUAGCUAAUUCAAUUAAUUAGUCAAUAAAAAUAUUUUAGCAUAUGUAAUUUUAGCUGACUUCUUAUGUGAAUAAUAAACAAGUUUUCAUUCUGAAGCUGUUGAUUAUGUCCAAACCUGUUACUCUCAAAGGAAUGUUAUGUAUUUGGCUUAUUUAAAUUAUUGAUUAUUGGGAACGGUAGUUUUAUAUGCAAGUUAAUGUAUGGCCUGUGAGAUAUUAAAAUAAAUUUUCUCUCUCUCAAAUUUUAA